GCUUAAAUUCCGCUCCUCCACGAGUCACGCGACCACGCACGCACGCGCUCGCUCUCACCGGUACUCAGCAGCGGCUUUCACUGCCCUUCCUGCAGCUAAGGAUACAUAUUUAACAUUCCUGCAACAAAUUGGGAUCAUGGCUUCAGUAAUGGAGAAACUGAUCACUCCUUUGGCCAGCGGCCCCGCUGAGCCCCCCAGGAACAAAGUCACAAUUGUUGGCGUGGGACAGGUGGGCAUGGCGUGCGCUGUCAGCGUCCUGCUUAGGGAGCUUACAGAUGAACUGGCUCUGGUGGAUGUUGUGGAGGAUAGACUGAGGGGAGAAAUGUUGGAUUUGCAACACGGCAGCCUUUUCCUCAAGACCCCUAAGAUUGUGGCUGACAAGGACUAUUCCGUGACUGCUAACUCUCGUAUCGUGGUGGUGACGGCCGGAGUGCGUCAACAGGAGGGUGAGAGCAGAUUGAACCUGGUGCAGAGGAACGUCAACAUUUUCAAACACAUCAUCCCUCAGAUUGUCAAAUACAGUCCUGACUGCAUCCUUGUUGUGGUGUCUAAUCCAGUGGAUGUUCUGACCUACGUGACCUGGAAGCUGAGCGGCCUGCCAAAGCACCGUGUCAUUGGUAGCGGGACCAACCUGGACUCCGCCCGCUUCCGUUACAUCAUGGCGGAGAAACUGGGCAUCCACUCCAGCAGCUUUAAUGGCUACAUCCUGGGAGAGCAUGGAGACUCCAGCGUGCCUGUAUGGAGUGGAACAAAUGUGGCGGGAGUCAGCCUGCAGAAACUCAACCCCGACAUCGGCACAGAUAAAGACAGCGAGAACUGGAAGGAAGCUCACAAGAUGGUUGUGGACAGUGCUUACGAAGUGAUCAAGCUGAAGGGAUACACUAACUGGGCCAUCGGCCUCAGUGUGGCAGACCUGACCGAGACCCUGGUGAAGAACCUGAACCGGGUCCACCCUGUCUCCACCAUGGUGAAGGGCAUGUAUGGAAUCAGCGAGGAGGUGUACCUGAGUCUGCCCUGUGUGCUCAACAGCAGUGGAGUGGGCAGCGUCAUCAACAUGACCCUGACUGACGAAGAAAUUGCUCAGCUGAAGAAGAGCGGUGACACUCUGUGGGGCAUCCAAAAAGACCUGAAGGACCUGUAGGUCAACUGCGGGAUGCCACACUCUUUCACUCUUCACACUCCCUCAGUAUCUCUACACACUUUCUAACUAUGUCGGUCCUUUCUUCUCACUUGCUUUUGGAUAUGGUUGCUUUGAAGUAUUUUUUUUUUCCAUGGUGGUUAAUGUAGGCAUAAUAAUCUAAAAUAUGAAAUCAUUCUUCUAAAGCGAAUGAUCAAAGGGGAACAUCUUUGCACUUGUUAAGUCAUUGUGUAGGCAAUGAAGAAAGAACCAACACCUCUCUUGUCUGGACAUAAUUUAGUGAGAUCAUUAGGGAACAUUCUGUUGCUGUUUAAGUCAAGAGGAGAAGGGAAUGAAGUGAGGUAGAUACAAAUGUAUUCAUUCUGAAUUAUUUUGCAAGUGUUGGUCAUUAGUGUAUGUGUGUCAGAUGAAGUUAAUAAAAUAAUGAACUGUUAAAA